AUGGAAUUCAGCAGACUCGUUGCGGAAGGAACCUCAACAUUACUUCAACUCCCAUCGUAUAUUGAAUCAGAAACUUUUGCAGAUGCUACAGGAGCUCCAAGUGGCUAUAAAGUUCAAUUUAAUGUUUUUAUCGCCAUUAUUAUUGUUAUAGCAAUUAUAGGACUCAUUUUAGGCAUUGUUGGUUCUUGCGUUUGCGUUAAACCAUUAUUACCGAAGAAAGAAGGAGGUGAUGCAUUCGAUGAUGAAGAACUUGACGACUUAUACGCAGAUUAA